AUGAAGCGAUUCUUCUCGCGGUUCUCUGCGGCAGGACCGACGUCUCCCGGUGAUUCCUCACAAGUCGCUCCUUUCGCCCAGUCCGAGAAGCAAAACCUCACCGAGCCCAAAUCUCCGUCCUCCAAUCUCGCCUCAAAGGGCACCAUCGGCCGCACCAAAGCGUUGGUGGCUAGAUUUGAAGGCCAGCCUCCAGCAAAACUUACCACAGCUCUCACGUCGACAGUAUCGUCGCAGCAAUCAGCUUCCGUAUCUCCGGCUCUCUCGUCCAUCUCACGUGCACAUGCACCUUGUGACAAUACCAGCAAAGUUUCGCUGACGAGCAUUGUCAGCUCAGUGCCAAAGCGCGUGCCAGGCUCCAGCUUGCCUGAAGAGCGAAAGAUCAUCACUCAGCCUGAGAGCCUUAGCUCAGGUAUAAAAACGCAAGCUCAAGCUAGUGCUGAUCAAGACGUGGGCCCGCGUCAAACGAGCUCAGGUAGUCAAGUGGCCUCGUCCGAAGCUCAACCUGGCAGGGCAGUCGCCUUUGCACCCUCACCCCAAAAGCAACGCUCCACUUCGCCUGCCCAGAUCAUCCACUUGCAGCGUCUCGCAUCAUCUCAACCAAUCUCUCGCACCAACUCGACGGAUAGCGAUGCACCUGCAGCCGGCAGCAGCUUCGCACGACCAACGGCCGCCAGCCAGGCGAGGGCCAAAGCUUCGUCUAGACCAGCUACGAGCGAUGUCAGUCAGCACGGACUUCCCUCAUCACUGCGAGAAAAGGGUCUCGUCAAUUUCAAUCGCUCUGCAAGCCCAAGUCAUGCAUCCUCUUCUCGCCCUUGGGCUCGUCGCAGCUACUCACACUCAAGCGGCCCUGACGCACGAAAGGCUAACGCCUCCUCCGUCGCCCCCGGCGUCGCAAAUCGCAUCAGCGAUGUCGCCUCAUCUUCCCGACGCGUUUCAACGGAAGUGACUGCGGGCAAAAUCACCGCUGCAGGUGCAGGUCCUGGAGCAGCGAAUGUUUCGAGCCCACUCAGCUUUCCAAGUCGAACCUCUCUGCCGAUGCGCAAGAGCUGCUCUGCUUCCACUGCUAGUCGAAGCGUUGGCCGCCGCGGCAGCGUUGACGUUGCUUCUCCGACAGGCUCCAAUGAGCCGGUCGCUUUCCCUCCAACCAGCGGAGAUGCGCCACGGUCUUUCCAUUUCCCGACGUGGAGCGAGAUGACGCAUGAAGAUCUCGUCCGCAAUCUGGGACCACGCGAACGAACAAGGCAGGAGGUCCUCUGGGAGAUCGUAGCGAGCGAAGAGCGCUACGUGAACGAACUCGAAAAGGUCAAAGAGAUCUAUAUUGAUGCUCUUCUCCGUCCGGACCAGUUCGAUCUUGAGCGCGUCCUGCCCCCACCCGUCACCACCUUCGUUCCGUCUCCGCUCGAAGGUGUCGGAUCAAGCGACUGGUCGCUCGUCUCGCCAUCAUCAUCUUCGCAGUCUGCAGUCGGCAAUGGGGACCCUCCGUUAUGUAAAAUAGACGCAAGCAGCAGUUCAAAUGGUGACCUGCCCAUCGCUGCUCGCUUCUUGUCAGACGGAGCAACAGGCAGCGUUCCCGGGCGCGGUAUCCACUCGCCCGUGGACGGAGUACCUUCGAACAGCACAAACAAUCCGUAUCUACCGGCGUUGGGCGGUUCAUCCUCGUCGGGAAACAUCGCCACACGACCGGGUCAACCCAACAGUCGCAUCGACAUAGCGUUUGGCCUCGGUCUCGGGCUCGGAACCAAGGCUACAAAAGACCGUAGCGCUGCUGCCUACAUACACUCUCCGGCCACCUCAAAAGACACGAGCAAGGUCUCGAAAGCACAGAAGCUGCGAGGCCUUUCGCUCAAGGCGGCCGGCGACUCUCACCCGCUUCGGCUCUCAGUGCCGCUACCACCGUCACUGCGCGAGGUGCUCGUCGCUAUUUCUGAAGGCCUCGUUGAAGCGCACGGCAUGCUGUCCGAUGCUCUCAAGGCAAGGUACGAAGAGCAGUGGCCUUUGGUGCGCAGUCUCGCCGAUGUCUUCAUGAAGCAUUCUCACAUUCUGCAAAACUACGCCAGCUACGUUUGUCACCUGCAGAGGGCUAUGGAGGAGCUCGAAGAGGCCGCACUGAUGGAACGCGCCUUUCGAGGCAAGCGGCUCAAGAAAGAGCGCCUCAGCAACACGGUCGGUCUGGGCCGCACAGUAGCAGCGCUCGAAGCCUGCGCAGCGGAGCAAGGCUACGCUGGCCUCAUGAUCUUUGUUUCGAUGCCGUUUCAGCGUCUCCUCAAGUAUCCGCUUCUCUUUCAAAACCUUCUCUUCCACACGGAUCCGUCGACUCACGAAUUUGAGAGCACCGUAUCCAUGGUGGUCGAGGUGGAACGGCUGGUGCGCUCGAUCGAAGACGAAAAAGUCAAUGCAGAGGAGCGAGACAACACACGCGACGCAUUUGCUCGCAUCGACGGUAUCACUGAUCGGCAAGUGCUGCGACCACGACCGGAUCGGGUGCUGAUUGAAGAGAAGGCGUUGUACGACGAACGCGCCCGUCGCACGCUCUCCGAGUCCGCACCUGCAGAUGACGCAGCCGCGUCGGACAGUGAAUUAGUUGUGAGCGGCACCGAGAGCACCGACCAAAGGGGCAAACGCUGGAGAAGCUCUAAGCAGCUCGACCUACGAGCGACGCUCCGCGACAAACGCUCUUACCGCCGCCUCUCCGACUUCUUGUCAUCCGACGAUGCUGCCAGUAGCGCGACCAAGGCACCGGCGAUAGGCAGCAAAAAGGACCUUUGGCUUGUUCGCUUCUCCGACGUCGAGCUCAAGUGCCAGCGCAUCGGCGUCACCGCAUUGCCAAUGGUGAGCUCAGCCGUGCUUCGCGAUGGCGACCAGGCUGUCGAGCGCGAGGCCAACGACCUGGCAGCCCGCAGCAAGGAGGGCCGCGAGCGUCUCAAGGCUCUGCGAAGUACUACACUGCGAGCCAAGACACGCAAUCUGUACAAGUUCAUCUCUGUAGUCGCUUGGCGCAACGCAGCUGCACGCUCAGUCGUCGAGGAUCCGCAAGGCAUUGACGGCCUACCCACCUCGCACGAGGUCGACGAAGAGGACGACGACGACGAUGCUGCCAGUAUGAGCAGUGCCGGAGACAGCAGCGCUAGCGGUAUCGGCUCUUCUGGCAGCAGCGAUGGCGUCGGAGGCCAAGCGGGCUCUGACAAGUACAUCAGAUCGACCAAGCUAUCUUUCACAUAUUGGGGUGAUCGCGUCGAGCCAGGUCGCGCUGUAGCCGGGCAGCAGCCCAACACGAAGUCAAUCAGUCAAGUCAGGAUCACGCGAAAGCGCGAUACCCAUAGUUCCACCUCGAGCACAGGAGGCGCGGCAGCUUCUACUGACACAGCAAUCUCUGGAACGGUUCACACCGCACAACGUCCGCGCAAGAGCGUUCCCAGCAGUCGCGCUCGCCAACACGGUGGAGGCGGGAUGUCAGGCCGACUCAGCGAGCCUCUGGCAGCGACAUCCAUCUCCACUGCGCCAGAGCCCAUACAAAGCGCUGUGGCACAGAUGCAUGCAAGGCAGCGGAACGACAAGUUCGGCGCUCGCCUCCGAACUUCGAUGGCCAACGACGGUAUUAGCACGGCUGCGUUGGUCGGAAGGAGAAGCUCGCAGGUAUCGGUCGAUCACGCUGGAGACGGUGCGGUCAAGAACAGCGGCGGCAGUAGUGUCCGCAAAAGCAAUAUGCCAAUUGGGGUCGGGAGGGCGCUAUAG